AUUGGGUGUUGCGCGAUGGCUGAGCUGGUUGCCAAGGCGACGCCUGGGAAAAUGGCUGCGGCGUCUUCAUCGGAUUCUGACAGCGGGCGAGCUGAGAGGUUAAGUCCCGGAUCCUCACCGCUUCCUUUCCCUCAGAUGAAUAGAUGGUGCUUGGUAGCGGGUUCUGGGCUCUUGCUUUCGAGCAGCGGUGGAAGUUCUGGGAGGGCCCUUUAGAAAUCAGAAGAAAGCUGAUGGCCAAGAAGUAUCUGUAUGUGAUUGGCUGGUCACUCCGGGCGCCAAUUGAGCUCAGAUCUAGACUUGCAACGAAGCCAAUUCUAAAUGGCUGGACGCACACUACGACCCCAUGGCCAACAUCCACACCUUCUCCUCCUGCCUGUCACUGGCAGAUUUGCAUGGCGAUGGGGAGUACAAGCUGGUGGUGGGAGACCUUGGCCCAGGUGGGCAGCAGCCCCGCCUGAAGGUGCUCAAAGGACCCACAGUGCUGACGGAGAGCCCACUGCCUGCCCUGCCAGCCUCGGCUGCCACCUUCCUCAUGGACCAACACGAGCCCAGGACACCUGCCCUGGCACUCGCCUCAGGGCCUUGUGUCUAUGUUUAUAAGAACCUUAGACCCUACUUCAAGUUCAGCCUGCCCCAGUUACCUCCAAACCCUUUGGAACAGGACGUUUGGAACCAAGCCAAAGAGGACCAGAUUGACCCCUUAACCCUGAAGGAGAUGCUGGAGGACAUCAGGGAAAAGGCAGACGUGCCUUUGUCUGUGCAGUCACUCAGGUUUCUGCAGCUGGAGCUGAGUGAAAUGGAGGCGUUUGUGAACCAGCACAAGUCCAAGGUUAUCAAGCGCCAGACAGUCAUCACCACCAUGACCACCCUGAAGAAGAACCUGGCAGAUGAGGACGCAGCGUCCUGUCUGGUGCUAGGCACUGAGAGCAAGGAACUCCUAGUGCUGGACCCUGAGGCCUUCACCAUUUUGGCCAAGAUGAGCCUGCCCAGUGUCCCUGUCUUCCUGGAGGUUUCCGGCCAGUUUGAUGUGGAGUUCCGGUUGACUGCUGCCUGCCGAAAUGGGAGCAUCUAUAUCCUGAGAAGAGACUCCAAACACCCCAAGUACUGCAUCGAGUUGAGUGCCCAGCCAGUGGGGCUGGUCCGGGUACACAAGGUCCUGGUGGUGGGCAGCACCCAAGAGAGUCUGCAUGGCUUCACCCACAAGGGUAAGAAGCUGUGGACAGUGCAGAUGCCUGCAGCCAUCCUGACCAUGAACCUCCUGGAGCAGCGAUCCCGAGGCCUGCAAGCUGUCAUGGCUGCUCUGGCCAAUGGGGAAGUCCGAAUUUACCGAGACAAGGCCCUGCUCAAUGUCAUCCAUGCCCCGGAUGCAGUAACCAGCCUGUGCUUUGGCCGAUACGGGCGAGAAGACAACACCCUCAUCAUGACUACUAGAGGUGGCGGCCUGAUCAUCAAGAUCCUGAAGCGCACAGCAGUGUUUGUGGAAGGGACGGGUGAGGUGGGCCCACCGCUAGCACAGACCACAAAACUCAGUGUGCCCCGAAAGACCCGGCUGUAUGUGGAUCAGACCCUGCGGGAGCGGGAAGCUGGCACAGCCAUGCACCGGACCUUCCAGACCGACCUCUACCUGCUGCGCCUGCGAGCUGCCAGAGCCUAUGUCCAGGCCCUGGAGUCCAGCCUGAGCCCCAUGUCAACCACAGCUCGCGAGCCCCUCAAGCUGCAUGCUGUGGUUCAAGGCCUGGGCCCCACCUUUAAGCUCACACUUCACCUGCAGAAUACCUCAACGGCUCGACCCGUUCUGGGGCUGCAUGUCUGCUUCCUGUACAACAAGGCGCUCUAUGCCCUGCCUCAGGCUUUCUUUAAGGUUCCCUUGCUGGUACCAGGACUCAGUUACCCACUGGAAACCUUUGUGGAGAGUCUCAGUAGCAAGGGCAUCUCAGACAUGAUCAAGGUGCUAGUGCUUCGGGAAGGCCAGAGUGCUCCCCUGCUGAGUGCCCACAUCAACAUGCCUGUGAGUGAGGGUCUGGCAGCUGCCUGAGCCCUGCGCCAGCAUUCAAGUCUCCACAAACAAAAUGGAGCCUUUCGGAUUCAGUGACUUCCAGUAUUGCCAGACUACUUCCCCCGGUAGCAAUGUAGUGAGACAGCAGCUCCCUGUUCUUCUCUGACACAGUCCCUUGCUCCCCACCUCUGCCAGUGACCUGAGCAACAAGACACGGGGUGCUCGGAAUCAGCUCCUCCUCCUCGGAACCCACUCAAGCCCUGUCCCUCAGUUCCGGCUGCCUGCUACUCCCCAGGUCCCAGGAAGAGAUGUGAGGUGGUCAGGGCGAGCAUAGCCUCAGUCCGUCCGUCCUUCCUUCCACUCACCUCUUUCAGAUCAAGAGCACAGUUGAUCGAGGGCUUAGAUGUCGGCUGGUACUGAUCCUCUGCUGUCCUUUGAAGUUGCAGGGGUGUGGGUGCUGCCAGCUUGGUUUAUAGGCACAUGUGCUAAGCUUUCUCAACUGAAGAGGGGCUCCACUUUCUACCCUGAAGCCCAGGAGUCAUGGGGCUCUGUCCCCAGGUCCUAGACGAGCCACAGAGAUUGCCAGAGGAGCUGGUGCCAGAAGUAGACGGGGUCCGUGUGAGGAGCUAGAGCCACACAGCCAGCAGCUGCUCCCGACAUGGGUGCUCAUGGCCAGAGGCACUGUUCUGAAAUGGAAUGCGGAGCUAGAUAGCGGAGCUGGGGCUGGUGGCACUGGGAGAGGUCUGGACCUGGGACCUGGGAAGUGACCCAAGAGGCAGAUGCCGACAAGAGCCUGUCAGAGUGCACUUAGGUCCAGGAGCCCGAGAUGGUCCUGAGGGUGGAAUGUUCACUGUGCAGUGGCCAGAAGAUGCCUGAGCUCACGGAAAAGGUGCACACCAGGGGUGUGGCAUAAAGCCGAAGACUGAAGGUAGAUGUGCUUAGAUCUCAAGGGUCAGGGCCCCUGGCCCUCCUCAGAGGCUGUUCUGAAUCACUUGAGAAGCAGGAGCCCUGCUCCAUGGAGAGCAACAUUUUCCCCAGUCUGAUCAGGUUCAGCCUGGUGUGUGGCACCCAGCUUAGGCUUGCAAGCUUCCACCUCCUCUCCAGUACAAGAGACUUGCCUGGAUUAACUCUAAGCCGUUGUCAGCUCUGGCACCAUUAGAGCUUGGCAGCUCCUCAGGAGAAAGGGAAGCAUUGCUCCAAGAAGGCGAGACUCAACUGCACAGCUUUGUCCACAAAACCUAAGCUGACCACCACUGCCCAGUAACAGCCUCUGCGCCCACUCGGGGACCAGGGUGACCCUUUCAAAGGGUACUUCAGGGCCCAGGCUAAGAGACAGUGGGUCUGGACCAAAGAAACAUCCUCGUUCUCAUAUUGCCCAUCCCCCUCAAGACAGUACUACCUGAGCAAGGAGAGCAAAGGGUUCUUUGUGCAUCAUCCAGUGAGGCACAGCUGGACCACGCUGGAGGUCUAACUGAAGAUGGGAGAGGGCAGGGAAUGUUGCUGUGAGUCACAAACCCCAGCCUAUCCUGCACAGUAAACAGGAAGGCCUGUCCAAGUUGUUGAGCCCUUGUCACUGUGUCAUGUGAGCGGGGCUGUGCUCUCAUGGGGCCAGGUUGGAUCAUGACAUCCCAGUCCCUUUCACCCAAGUCAUGCUGUGAAAUCAGAACAAAAAUAUUUGAUGUGUGCACUCUUCAUAGCUACUCAUGAUGAUACAAGGGGUGAGACAUAUGACCAGGUCCUACCAUAAAACACAGUGUCAUACUAUGCUUGCCUAGUAAGAAAUGUAUGCCAUGCACCUUAUGCACAUAAAAGAACAUGAAGCAUAAACGGUGCAGAGUGUCCAGUACUCACGGAAGUCAGAGUUCUAGGAAACUGAACCUUAAGGAUGAGAAGAGUCUAUCUUUUUUUAACAUAAUACUUAUUUUAAAACACACACCUAUGUAAUGACCUGGAAUAGACUAUUUAAAGUAAAAUGCCCUCUUCCCAUUCCACAGGACCAUUCCUGUACAACAGCCAUCUUCAUUAACUAUUUUAUUUUAUUUUUUGGUUUUUCGAGACAGAGUUUCUCUGUGUAGCCCUGGCUGUCCUGGAACUCAACUGUAGACCAGGCUGGCCUCGAACUCAGAAAUCUGCCUGCCUCUGCCUCCCAAGUGCUGGGAUUAAAGGCGUGCGCCACCACCACCCAGCCAUUAACUAUUUUAAAAAAAAAAAAAUAUAUAUAUAUAUAUAUAUAUAUAAAGAGAUUCUUUUAAAAUUAUGUGUGUGGGUGGAUACAGGUGCCCAAAGAAACCAGAAAAGGGCCUUGGAUUCCCCAGGAGCUGGAGUUACAGGUGGUUGUGAGCUGCCCAGUAUGGGUGCUGGGUCCUUGGCAAGAGUCCUUAGACAUUACCUGUUGAUCCCUGUUGCAGCAGAUAAGCGUUUGGUGCUCUUGAGACCCCUCCCCUGCUCUCCAUGCUUUAGGUAGUCAGUGCCCACUGUUUACAUUGCUGUUUAUAUUGAUUCGUGAAAGUCUUAGUAAAGUGAGAAUUAACUAUAACCAUUUUUGAACUUUUAGAUGUUUUCAUGGAAUUGGCACUUGGUUUGACUUUUCUUUCUUUCAUUGCUAAGUUUUCUAAUAUACCAUGGAAAAUCCCCCCAUCCUAUCUCAGUUCAUUUCUCGGGCGGGACACUUCCUUUCUAACUUGCUUCUGUGCAGACUCCCCUAGAAGAGAAUUCCUUCUCCUGUUAGAUCCCCUGAUUCCUGGGUCCCAUGUCUUCUUUCUUCUUCCGCCCUCAUUGGGUAAAACGUACCCAGGGUAAGAUCACUCUAAAACCCACCUGUGAUGGUUAUUCCUGGCUGUCACGUUGACUGUACCUGGCCUGAGCUACAGUCCAGAAUUGGAGCACCCUGUGCUCCAGAGCUGGAGGCUGGAAGGCACGGGCUUUGAUCUGGACCUUGGAGCACAGUGACCGUGAGAAGCUCAGGCCCAGGGAAGGUGACUCCUGCCUUUCAUCCCAGGAGACAGAGGCUAGCAGAUCUCUUAAGUUCAAGCCAGCCUGGAACAGAACAAAUUAGGUCCAGGCGUGGUGGUGCACACCUUUAAUCUCAGCCAUACUUUCUGCUGGAGGCCUCCAUAAAUAAGGACAAUGGAAGAAGGAAGGCUUGCUGCUUCUUUGCCUGCUUGCACUUACCUGCCAGCACAUCUGUUGGAGCCUAGUUCUUCAGGAUUCCAGCUUAUACAAAAGACCAGCUGAAACACCCAGCCUCAUGGGACUGAGCAACUACUAGACUCUUGGACUUCCCAUUCACAGCUGCCCAUUGUUGGUUAGUUGGAUUGCAGCCUGAGUCAUUCCAAUAAAUUCCCAUAAUAUAUAGAGACAUUCCAUAAGUUCUGUGACUCUAGAGAACCCUGACAAGAUACCACCCAAGUCUUUAUAUCACUGCUUGUCUGGACACUGUUGUGACAGUCUGGGUGGUAAAACAAGCUGGGAACAGUUUUCCUGUAGGCGAAGCUCCCAUGUCUUCUGUGCUCUGUCCCAGUUGUUACUCUGAGGUGGGGGUAACGGGCAUUCCUCCUCAGGGCUGGCUGUUAUUCUCUCUCUGGGGCUCCAGUUAAGCUCUGUCUGACAGAUGGUCGCUACUGAGAGGACUGCAUUGAUCCUAAUUUUCUUCUUUCAUGGUCAUCUUUUUGCUUUGUUUUCCAAGAGUGAGAAUUUUGUAAGCUUUUCUUACGUUUCAAACUGUUUUUCUUAGUUCCUGUGUUCAGUUCUUAUAUUUUCUUCUCUUUAAGUUUUGCAUUUGUUUAUAUGUAAGUAGCCUAACAGCAUCUAAUUAAACAAAAACUCAUAAUGAA